AUGUCAGACAUAAGCGAAUCCCCCAAUGGUGAUGCCACCUCUACACUGGAGCAGUCUUAUGUUUCCACCGUCACCCAAGGUCUGACGACCAUAAAAUUUAUUUCAAUAGAGACGCUUGGACCUUAUGUCGGGUGUGAAAAACCCGACGGCAGCACGGCUUCCUGGUACGUGCCAGGCAAUGAUGGCUUAGUACAAUGUUUCGAAGGCACAGCAUACUUACCUGGACUGCUUAUUACCGGCUCCUCGUUCAAUGGCGCACCAGCGGGUGCUACUGCUAGUUUGCUUGUGGUUCUAAUGACUUUGCUUAACUAUAUUUUUUAA